CCUCCUAAAAUAUUAAAAAAAGAAAUAUGAAAAUGAAUACUAUUAUUCACCAAAAAAAAUAUAUAACCACACAAGUUACAUGGCAUAUGUGUUUUAGUGAAAUAUUAAAAAAGCACAACCUACGAAGCCAAGACGACAUGUCCAUUCUUAUCACAACCUACGAAGGAAACCACAACCAUCCCCUCCCCCGCCGCCGCCGCCAUGGCUUCCUCCACUCCCUCCGUCGCCGCCUCCUUCAGCUUAUACAACCCCUCGAACGACACCGCCGGGACAGCUGGCAACUUCGUCCACGUCCCGUACCAUCAACAGCAGGAACUACUAUUCAGCCCUACUUCGCCGCCAAGUCAGCAGCUCCAUCCUUAUCGAUACCAGCCCAACAUGUUGAGUAUCCCGGCGACGGCGGCGCGUGGGAAGGCUGGCAGCGACGAGUUGGCUGAAAAUGUGAGCACGGCCAUGGUGGCGGAUCCCAAGUUCAGAGUGGCGGUGGCGGCUGCCAUUUCGUCGCUCAUUAAUAAAGAGGCCUCUCGAUUUCACGGGCAGCAACUGCGAGAAGAGAUCGAGAGACAGAGAGGGGAAGGCUGGGGAUUGAAUAUUUAGUUUUUAAUUUUAAUUUGUUAUUUUGUGUUAAUUAACCCUUUUAUCCUUAAUGAAUCUUGUUGUUAGUAUAACAACACUAUGAGUGUUGUUAUACUAUCCGCUCCCAUAAACAGCCACAAGAAAGCUAGAAAAAGCGACACAGCUGACAGGUUAAGUCAUCUUCCAGAACCCAUCAUUCAUCACAUCCUUUCGUUUCUCGACACCAAAUCUGCUGUCCAGACCUCUGUACUGUCGCGAGCAUGGCGAUGUGCUUGGAAGCAUGCCCCCAUCGUCCACCUCCGCAGCACUUCCUUCCAAGAGUAUCAGGAUUUCCGGUCACUAACUUAUGUACAACUUAGCUUAUGUAUCGAAGUUAGUAACAAAAAUAGUUUUGCGUGGGUAAGUGUUGUUCGUUGAGCCUUGGGUCGAGACAAAUCGAAAGGUUUGUGAGUCGAAGCUUGAGUUGAUGAGGGUACUAGGGCUCGAGCCAUGAGCGAUGGUGAAACCAGCAAGGGAGCACGAGGUGCUCUAAGAAAGCACAAGAAGAAAGCUAUUUGAAAUUAGUGGAGACGAAAGAAGACAUGGAGGGUUAUCAACCCAAACCACUUGCUGAUCCCACCCCAACCCAAUGUGAGCCAACCAGUGGGCCACAGUAUUCGACUUCCUUGAUCUAAACUCCCAACUCACUUCUCUCCCUGACAGAGAGUCAUUUACUCCAGCCAAAGGUUUCAGCUCAUCACACCAAAAUCCCAGCUCAGUACAAUCUUCAUCUCCCUUCUUCAAUUGAUUCACCAGCACCUGGCAGUCGGUUUCAACAAUCAGGGGGCUAAGCUCCCUCCGAUUUGCCUCCCUUAAACCCAUGACCAUAGCUUUUGCCUCAGCUUCGAUGGAUCUACAAAUACGUUUCUCCUUUUUGCCAUCGCCCCCACAAAUUCUCCUCGCCAAUCGCGAAUGAUACAGCCCAGGCCAAUCCCUCGAUCCUUAAGCACCCCAGCAUCAGAGUUUAGUUUGUAGAAACCCUCCGGGGGAGGAGUCCAGCGACAUUCUUGUUUCGAUCUAUUCCGAAUCGAGUCACCCCCAGGAUCUGGGCUAGGAGAGUCUUGAGUAGCCAGGAAAGCCGAAAGCCAUCCCAGAGCACGAGGAAUAAUCUCAUCAUCCUCCAUCUUCCGGUUAUUGAACUUAUGAUUGCAUCGCUCCUUCCACAGGUACCAUAGGAUUGAGCAGAACUUUUGUAUUCGAUCUUCUGGAAAUCCUUUCAUGACUUCUUUCAUCCAUUCAAAACAAGACUUCCACCCUUUUCAAAGAUGUCCUUCUCCUCACAAUUUCUCCACCUUCUUCGAAUCCAGUUGCAUUCACAAAGGGCAUGCAUUUGCGUUUCAGAAGGUUGCAAAAGGGACACUCAGGAGCAGCCCUAUCAAGCCAUUCCUCAACAUGAACACCCACAGGUAAGAUGCUCUUUCACACUUUCCAUAGAAAAAUUCGAACCUUAGGCUGAAUAUGUAGCUUUCAAAUAGCUUUCCAGAGCUCAGAAUCCUCAGGGUUGAGAUAAUGAGAACGAGAUAGAUGACCAGAUUGAUUGCUUCGAAUGAGGGAGUAGGCAGAUUUCACAGAGUAAAUACCUUUUUCCGAAUCGUUCCACACUCUAGAAUCAGGGCCGAGAGGGAAUCUGAGAGGGAUUUUUGAUAUGAGAGUCUGAUCAUCCCUAAAAAAUAGUUCCUUGAGUUUUUCCACAUCCCAACCCCCUGAGCUGACAUCAAUGAGGGUGCACCUUCCUUGAGUCGAGCCCUGGGUCGAGUCGAAUAAAAAGGCUUGUGAGUCGAGGUUCGAGCUGAUGGUGGAGUGAUGGGCUGGACAUCGAUGAAGAGAGUACUGGGGCUCGAGCCAUGGGCGAUGGUGAAACUAGCAAGGGAGCACAUGUGUUCUAAGAGAGCGCAAAAGGAGAGCUAUUUGGAAUUAGGUGAGACGAGAGAAUACAUGGUGAUAGUUUUUUUUUUACAAUAAAACUCUACAUUAAUC